AGCCCCUCCCCUUGCUGCCCGAGGCAGGAAGCGGAAGUGGCGUCACUGGUUCGCGCCGUCUUGUUGUCCCGGGAUUCGGCGCAUCUGGCAGCGAUCUUCUUUCGAAGGACCCUUUCUGCCUCCCUGAGGAAAAGAUAGAAUCAGAAAGGAUGGCAACUGACUGUUUGACAACUUUUUCUCGGGACUCGGUUACCUUCGCUGAUGUGGCUGUGCACUUCACCCGAGAGGAGUGGACUUUACUGGACCCAGCCCAGAAAAAUCUAUACAGAGAUGUGAUGCUGGAGACCUACAAGAACCUGACCACAGUAGAAUGUCAGGUGUUCAAAUCUGACCUGAUCUCUUGGUUGGAAGAAGAAGAAGAUUGGAGGACAGAGGGGAGAGGAGUCUUCCAAGAACGGGAAAUGCAACUUAAAACCGAAGACUUGACAAUUCAACAGGAUAUUUUUGGGGAGAAAACACCCAAUAGUCUAGAAAAGAAAAGAAUCCACAAUGGGUUGGAACUCCAUGAUUGUGAGCAAUGUGGGAAAGUCUUCAGUGAACAUUCAUGUCUUAAGACCCAGAGGAAAACUCAGAAUGGAGGGAACAGUUAUGAGGAUAAUCAGUAUGGAAGAAGCUUCCUUACCCCGCCCAAGAAAACCUCUUCUGGAGAGAAACUUUCCAUGUUUAAUCAGUGGGGAAAAGCCUUCAGCCCGACUCCAGAGACUGUGUGCUGGAAAACUAUCAUGCAAGAGAGUGCCUUCAAACGCAGUGAUGGUGGGGAAACCCCCCUUAAUCAGUCUUACCUUCAAGCACCAAUGAGAGCUCAGAAUGGAGGAAAAAACUAUGAACGGAAGGAAUGUUCAAGAUCUUUUAUUCACUCCGCAUGCCUCGGUGCGCAUGUACAAACUCACACUGCUAACAACCAUUACAAAUGUAAGGAAUGCAGAAAAUCCUUUAAACGAUCUGCAUACCUUAACGCUCAUGUUCGAAUUCACACUGGAAGAAAACCCUUUAAAUGUAAGGAAUGCAGGAAAGGCUUUAAACGUUCUAUGCACCUUAAGGUUCACAUGCGAACCCACACUGGAGAGAAAUCCUAUGAAUGUAAGGAAUGUGGGAAAACCUUCACUCAAUCCUCAGGCCUCAUUUACCACAAUAAGAUUCACACUGGAGAGAAGCCUUUUAAAUGUGACACAUGUGGGAAAGCCUUUGCUAGUUUCUCAAAUCUUACUGCCCAUUUUAGAACUCACACUGGAGAGAAGCGUUUUGAGUGUAAUAUAUGUAGGAAAAGAUUUAGCAGUUCUUCAUACUUAAUCAUUCACAACCGUACUCAUACUGGAGAGAAACCCUAUAAAUGUGAGGAAUGUGGAAAAGGCUUUAAAUGUUCUGUGUCCCUUAAAGUUCACAUGCGGAUUCACACUGGAGAGAAACCCUAUGAAUGCAAGAAAUGUGGGAGAGCCUUCACUCAGUCCUCAAGCCUUACUGACCAUAGAAAAACUCAUACUGGAGAGAAGCCUUUUAAAUGUGACGCAUGUGGGAAAGCCUUUGCUCUUUCCUCACAUCUUAACAGACAUUUUAGAACUCACACUGGACAAAAGCCUAUUGAGUGUAAUGUAUGUGGGAAAACAUUUAGCAGUUUUUUGUACUUGAUCGUUCACAAGCGUACUCACGCUGGAGAGAAACCUAGAAACGUAAAGAAUGUAGGGAAAACCUUCAGUUUUCCCAUUUCCUUUUGGUACCAUGAAAGCACUUACCUGCAGAGAAAUCCUGUCAGUGUAAAGAAUGUGGUAAAGCCCUCAGUUGUCCCAGUUCACUUUGAAGACGUGAAAGAACCACACUGGAGAGAUGCUCUAGAAGUAUAAGGAAUGAGGGAAAGCCAUGAGAAUCUCAUCACAACCUGGCAUGUAUGGACUAACAGUGAAAGCAUACCAUUAAGAAACAUGGGAAGCCCUUCACUGUUUCCUCAGUGAAAUGUAUUUAUUUUUAUAAAUGAGACACCUUGUAAUGGAGAGAAAUCCAAGUGGUGUAAUGUGGGAAAAUUGUUCUAGUAAUGUUCACUUGUUUUUUGUGUGGAGAAAAACUUUAUGAAUGUAAGAAAUGUUGUAUAGUCAUUAUCAUUUUUCGUAAGAUUGUUUCUCUUCCUUAAUAAACGUAUGAUAAUUCAAA